AUGAAAAAACAAUAUUCGGAUAGUCGAUCGAAAGAAGUGAUGGGUAAACUACGUGGCGAUCUAAAAGAUGUACAAAAUAUUAUGUUAACAAAUAUACAAGAUGUUUUAGGUAGAGGAGAAACAUUACAGACAUUGGAUAGAAAAGCGACUCGUUUAGCCGAUUUAUCUCAACAAUAUCGUAAAGAUGCAAAUUAUUUAAAUCGUAUGUCAUCAUUGACAAAAGUAACAUUUCCCGUUGGUAUUAUUGUUGUAUUAUCAAUUUUAGCCUACAUAUUUAUUUUUUAA